GCGGGGACUCGGUCGCCUCCAUCGCCGCGAUCGGGACGAAGGUGGACGCACGGUACAUCAACGACGACGGCACAGUGUCCUGGUACGGUGCCGUGAUUACAGCGGUUCACGGCGACGGCUUCACGCUGGAUUGGGAUGACGGCGACACUGCGCAGCGGCGGCAGCCCAAGAUGCACGUCCGGCUCUCGGCGCGGCCCUCCAGCGGCGCUCCUCCCUCCUCCUCCACCGCCGCCGCCGAUACCAUCGCCACCGCCGCCGCCGCCACCGCCACCGCCCCCCCUGCCGCUCCCAACCCGUCCCCGCCCACGAGCCGUUUGUUCACGCCGGACGGCCAGGCGCCCACGGGUGGCAUGCCGGCCGUCGCCGCGGCGCUGGCGAGGAUCGGGCUGCAGGCCUACGUGGCCGCCUUCGACACAGAGGGCUAUGACGACCUCGAGUUCCUGCGCGGGAUGGACGCUGUCGAGCGGGCAGACGUGGCCAAGGCGAUAGGCAUGAGGCCGGGGCAUGCGGGCAAGUUUGUCAAGCACGGCUUCGAGCGGCCUUGA